AUGCAGCAGCAACAGCUGCAGCAGCAGCUGCAGCAGCAGUUACAGCAGCACAUGCAGCAGCAGCAGCUACAGCUACAGCAACAUCAGCUGCAGCAUCUGCAGCAGCAGCCGCACAUGCCGCAGCAACCCCAUUUGGCGCACCUGCAGCAGCAAGAUAUGCAGGAGCAGCAGCAGCAGCAGCAGCAGCAGCAGAUGCUCUCAACAAGGACACAGGCUUCCUCUCAGCGUUCGGGCCCCAUGCGCGGGGGGUUGGCUGGUGAAGAAGAAGAGCAGCAGCAGCAGCAACAACAACAACAGCAGCAGCAGCAGCAGCCACCCCCGCCUCCGCCUCCGCCUACAGCAGGGCAGCCAGCAGGUGUAGCGCAGCAAGCUGCUGCUGCAGCAGCAGCAGCAGCAGCAGCAGGUGCAGCUGCAGGUGCUUCGGCUCCUCCGCAGCCGCCGCAGCAACAGCCACCGCAGCAGUCUGCGCAGCCGGCAGUGCAGCAGCAGCAGCAGCAACAGCAGCAGCAGCAGCAGCAGCAAGAAAGGAUAUGUCAGCUAGUACUGGAUUUGUCUGUUGCUAGCAAACGAGAAGCAGCUCUGCUUGAACUCUCAAAGAGAAGAGAGUCCUUUCCUGACUUAGCCCCUCUUCUGUGGUUUUCGUUCGGCACCAUGGCUGCUCUUCUUCAGGAAAUUAUUGCUGCCUACCCCUUUCUGUCGCCGCCUUCGUUGACGACGCAGAUAUCCAACAGAGUUUGUAAUUCUUUAGCUUUGCUGCAGUGUAUAGCGUCGCAUGCAGACACACGACAGCUGCUACUUAACG